GGGACACAUGAGAGGGCAGAAGAUGGCAGGACACGAAGAAGACCCCUGUGGUUCCGCAGACGACUCCGGGUCCCCGCAGGAGCCCGAGCUGAGGCUCAUCCUGGUGGGCAGGACGGGCGCCGGGAAGAGCGCCACGGGGAACAGCGUCCUGGGCCAGAGGCGCUUCGCGUCCAGGCUGGCAGCCACGUCGGUGACCAGGGCCUGCGCCGCGGCCAGCCGCAGCUGGGCCAGGUGGCGCGUGCGCGUCGUCGACACCCCCGACCUCUUCGGCCCCGACGUGCACCACGCGGACCCCGCGUGCGCCCAGAGGGCGCGCUGCUACCUGCUGUCGGCGCCCGGGCCGCACGCGCUGCUGCUGGUCACCCCGCUGGGCCGCUUCACCGCCCAGGACCGGCAGGCGCUGCGCGAGGUGAAGGAGCUGUUCGGCCCGGGCGUGGUGGCGCGAGUCGUCCUCGUCUUCACCCGCACGGAGGACCUGGCCGGCGGCUCGGUGCACGACUACGUGCGCUGCACGGAGAACCGGGCCCUGCGGGAGCUGGUGGCCGAGUGCGAGGGCCGAGUCUGCGCCCUGGACAACCGCGCCACCGGCAGUGAGCGCGAGGCGCAGGUGGAGCAGCUGCUGGGCCUGGUGGAGGGCCUGGUGCGCCGGCAGCGGGGCGCGCACUACACCAACGAGGAGUACCGCCUGGCGCAGGCGCUGCAGGCCGCCGACCCCGAGGAGAGGCUCCGCAGGGUGGCGGAGAAGCUGGCGGGCCGCCUGCGGAGGCCCCGCGGGAUGCGGCUGCUGGCGGGGCUGUGGGCUUGGCGCAAGUCCCAGGGGACCUACUGGAGCCUGGGCCUGGCCCUCCUGCUGGGGGGCGCCGUCCUGGACUAUGUGCUGCUCUAUCUGCAACUGCUCAAGGGCUCUCCCAAGAUCAGUCGUCGCUGA